AUGUUAUCAACUGAAUCUGUCCUCCGAAAGAUUCUCAAUCUGUGUGAAAACUGCCCCAGACUUCGAGAAGGAACUUGUCACGAUCUAAUCUUCAAACAGUUCUCAAACGCUCCGAUUGCUGACAAAGACGAAGCUUUGGGGGCUGAAGACCCAGAUGACCGAUCUGAUCCAAACGUCACCAAUAAACGCCCAUUAGAAAUUGAAUCUAACCCGAGAACGCCAAACAAUUCUACUGACUCUAGUCCUCCAGUCAAGCAAGCUCGAACGGCGUGUCACGUUUCCAACAUCAUCGUAAUAUCCUCUGACGAUGAAACUAACUUCGAACCUGCUGAAACACGAACUUCAAAGGAUCAAAAGCAUCAUAUCAAGCACAUGAACGUUAUCGAAUUAUGUCCAUUAUCCAGACCAGGCGAUGAGUGUAAGCAAUGCAAGAUUUCUCAUGCCAUUACAAUUUGGCUCAGCCACGGUCGUGUGAGAAUUGCUCAAGCUCACUGGGCCACUGAAACUUGCAAAGACAAGACGGAAAACCUCAAGAACAACACUCAGUUGACUACUUUUUUCAAACGUUCCACCUCAAUUCCUAAUUCGAUCACGGUGGCUUGUCCAGGACUCAAUGACGAAACUUGGGAACGAAGAAAAGCAACGCACUCGAUUGCCCAAUUCAUCUCAAAGACCUUCACCAUCUAUCGUGGAAAUCACCAACAUGAUAUCUGCCAAGAGCUUUUUGGAAAGCACGCUCAAGAAAAUCAGUUGACAAAAGCUCAAAAGUCUCAAUUAAUUGCAACAUUAGAUGCUAGAUCAACUUGGCAAGUCAAGAGGCACGGAGAGCGGAGUGCAAUAUACUCGAGUGACUGCAAAAGGACCUUAAUUUGCAAGAAAAACGACGAGAACUUGAUUGCCGUCUCCUCCAAACUUCGAUCGAAAGUUCAUCAAAUGGUGAUUUCACCCAGUUCAUGA